AUGGCCAGAUGGGGAAUAAGUGAAAAGGUCAUUUCAGAUAAUGGGCCUUGUUACAGGUCCCAAGAAUUUGCUGAGUUUGCCAAAAACUGGCAUUUCAAACAUGAAACCAUCAGUCCUUACCACAGCCAGUCCAAUGGUCUUGCGGAGAAAUAUGUCUCAGUUUGCAAGAGAAUACUAACUAAGUCCAAAGAGAGCAAAAGUGAUCCAUUAAUUGGGAUUCUUGAAUACCGAAAUUCCCCCUUAGAGUCCGGUUACUCGAAUGCACAGUUGGCAACGGGACGGCAACUGCGCUCAUUCCUCCCAACCUCUAGAGAGAAAUUGCAGCCAACACUAGUACCCCCUAACUUGGUCCAGGAAAACAUAAGGCUGUGCAAAGAAAAAGACAAGUCAUAUUAUGACAGACAGUCAAAACCAUUAGAGCCCUUAGAAAUAGGUCAGAGAGCUAGAAUACAGCAGCCUGAUAAAUCUUGGGAACCAGUCACAGUCAUUAAAAGCUCAAUGAAAGGUCAUAUACAGUCCAAUCCCCUGAUGGCACAUGGUACACAAGAAACCACCGUGACCUCUUAG